GCGCGCAGGUUCCGGAGGCUUCUGGGUAGCGAAUUAUCCCCGCCCCCCGCACCGGCGCCUUCCUUUCCGUGCCUAACGCCGCCGAAGUCGCACGCGCGAGGCUUCUCCGCCGCCGCCAAGAUGCGCUACGUUGCCUCCUACCUGCUGGCCGCCCUCGGGGGCAAUUCCUCCCCCAACGCCAAGGACAUCAAGAAGAUCCUGGACAGCGUGGGCAUCGAGGCGGACGACGACCGGCUCAACAAGGUCAUCAGUGAGCUGAACGGAAAGAACAUCGAGGACGUCAUUGCCCAGGGUAUUGGCAAGCUGGCCAGCGUGCCAGCUGGCGGGGCUGUGGCCGUCUCUGCUGCCCCAGGAGCUGCAGCUCCUGCUGUGGGUUCUGCCCCAGCCGCAGCAGAGGAGAAGAAGGAGGAGAAGAAGGAGGAGUCAGAAGAGUCAGAUGACGACAUGGGGUUCGGCUUGUUUGACUAGAGCCCACACCUCUGCAAAUAAAAAUCUGUUGACGUA